GUCGUCGUGCGCAUAGAUAGGAAGGGCGAUAGGGGGAUCCCACAGGUUCUUUCUGCUCCGCUCUUCUUUCUGCUAGCUUUUUAAUUCAAUUUACUUGUGAUAGAGUCCCCAGGAUGACGACCGCAGAUUUUAAAAACUGCGUUGAACUUAUGGCGCCCCAUAUACGAGACAUAGCUGGCAUGGUCAAAUCGUGUGAGAAGGUGAUUGCCUCCAAACGGCGUUGUAGCCUUAUACAGAACUUUCAAGAGCUUGUGAUGAUACUGGUCAGAAGACUUUUCGUGGAUCCUGAUGAUGAAUCGACCUGGGCUAAUCUAAACGAUUUGUGCAUCAAGUAUGGGGGACAACCAUUUUACACACCCAAAUCCUCAACACAUUUGAGUGCUCAGAAUUUACAACAGCAAAGAGUUUCACCUCUUCAUUCGAAUGUCUCACAUGGAGCUCCUGAUCUCCUUGAUCCGAAUGGGGACAUUGUAAACUAUCUCUCUGAAAAUAUCCGCUACUCUUGGAGAAAUUUUGCCAGAGGCCUUAAAGUUAAGGGAGGAACCAUAGAUAAAAUAGAAAUGACUUGUGGAAGUGAUGAUCAUGAAGCUUGCAUGAGAGCGGUUUUGGCUGAUUAUAAGAAAAACAAAAAAUGGGCAUCUGAAUCAAAUGGAGAUGUUCUAAAAGAUAUUUAUCAGGCCUUGACCUUGCUUCAGAAGGAAUACCUCCUCAAAGAAUUUCAAAGACUGACUGGAAGGUUUUCAUAAAAGAAUUAAGAAGAGUUGUACUUUUGCAUUUAUGAUUUUAUUUUUACAAUGCAUCAUUUUUAAUUAAA